GGAAAUCUUUCUCCAAUGAAUGAAAUGACAUUUCACAAAUGCGCAGUAAUCAUGCGCCUUAGCAAAAUAUUGACAACAAUGCCGUCAGAAAGCCCAGCGGUACCAGCGCAAACAGAAAAACCGCAACAUUACCUGUAUUUGAAAGAAUUCAGAACACAACAGUGCCCGUUAUUUCUACAGCACAAAUGCACUCAACAUAGACCGUUUACUUGCUUCCACUGGCAUUUUAUGAAUCAGAGACGAAGAAGACCGAUUCGUAAACGUGACGGAACUUUUAAUUACAGCCCAGAUGUGUAUUGUACCAAGUAUGACGAUACAAACGGGCUCUGUCCGGACGGAGAUGAGUGUCCCUUCCUUCAUAGAACAGCAGGAGACACGGAGAGGAGGUAUCAUUUGAGAUAUUACAAAACAGGAACCUGUGUUUAUGAAACAGACUCCAAAGGAAAUUGUGUCAAAAAUGGGCCACACUGUGCAUUUGCCCAUGGAGCCCAUGAUUUGCGACCCCCUAUAUAUGAUAUCAGGGAGCUGCAGACUAUAGAGACGCCCGACCUUAAAGCCUCGCUAAGUUCAUCAUCGGGAACGCCAAGUAGUUUAGAAAAGGACAAAAUCCUAGCAGAAGAUCCAAAGUGGAAUGAUACCAACUUUGUCCUGGCAAAUUACAAAACAGAACCCUGUAAGAGACCCCCUCGGCUGUGUAGACAAGGCUAUGCCUGCCCAUCAUUUCACAACACAAGGGACAGGAGAAGAAGUCCAAAGAAGUGCAAGUACAGAUCUACGCCUUGUCCUAAUGUAAAACAUGGAGAUGACUGGGGAGACCCCACACAGUGUGAAAAUGGAGACAACUGUGCUUACUGUCACACUAGAACUGAGCAGCAGUUUCACCCAGAGAUUUACAAAUCAACAAAAUGUAAUGAUAUGGUGCAGACUGGAUAUUGCCCAAGGGGUCCAUUUUGUGCCUUUGCUCAUGUAGAGCAAGAAAUAACAACGCAGAGGGACAUGUUAUCUACCAGUGAGAAUUCUUUAGCUGCUUUUAUGUCGACAGUGUUACCCAUAGCUGAGAAUCCUCAAACGUUAUACACAACUAAUGAUCACCAUUCUAUUCAGAAAGGGAGUCAGAAUGGUUCCACAUCUUCACCAAAAUUACCUGAUCCUAUAGGAAAGGAACGAGCUAACAGUAUUCCUAGUAAUAACUUAAUUGGAAAUGUCCAUCUCCAUGCCAGCAGCCCCCUUCCUGAGCCCAUAGGGAAGGGGCGAUCUAGUAGUACCUCUAGUAGUAUUACAUCAGACUCGGGAUUCUACCAGCGAGCCCCGGGGUCAGAGAGGGAAGACUCACAAAUGGUCAGUAUGAAGUUGCGUCAGCAGUUACAAUCCAUUGACAGUGACCAAACAAUAGAUUUUGUGGAGAAAUCCAAGCGUAAACAGAAUUUGCUGAUGUUACACAGCUUGACCUUUUCCACAAGUACAACCCCAAGUCCAGUGGCCAAUCAACAGCCUUCGGUGUCCACUAUGUCGCCACUGGCUCCAGCUUUCUACCCCCCGGGCGAUACAGUGGGAUCUGUAGUAGGACACGCAUUAGAUGACUUAAAUCUAGAUGAUAUAGAUAUUAACAGUAUAGAUAGAGAACUUGAUAAAGAUGAAGUUAACUCCCUUAGUAGUUCUUUAAGUGCAGGGAUCCCAACAUCAGGUUUUGGUGCCCAGUCCAUACCUAUAGGAAUCCCUGGGGGCAUACAGAGGGGCAGCAUCGGAAGUCUAUCGCAGUCUCCUCCCUCGCCAUUCGGGAGCUUUUCCCACUCUCUAUUAACGGGAAAUCAAAAGCAUGAAUCAGGAGAACAGAAUUUAUCUUUAUUGGGUUAUCAUAACCACAACAAAUUUAGUGAAUUGAAUUCCAUGUCUCCUCGGAGCGGUCCUGGAGGACCCCACUCUCCACUGUAUUCCUCCUCAAAUCUGUCCAAUAGUUCUCAAGGAGCAGAUAUGCAAAAGUUGCGAGAGGAGUUUCAGCAUUACAAGACCCGACAAGAGCACUGGGAGCAGGCUUAUUCCCAGGCCAAAAGUGCAUGUGAAGCUUGGAAGAGAGAAGCUGAGGAAUCUCUGAGAAAGGCAAAAUCUGCUGAAGAGGAGAAAGCUCUGGCAUUCAAACAGAGAGAUGAAGCACUAGGUAGAAUAUCAAAAAUGCAACUAGAUCUGGAAAAAUAUGGAAGUGGAUCAAACAGUGUGAGAUUACUGCAUCAGGUGAAUGAAAUAGAAACCAUACCCAUUCCUCAGCUCAGACAAAUACAGCAACAACUUCGAAUGGACGUAGACAAAUUAGAAAAGGUAAUAGUUUAUCAGCAGAAUAUGAAGUGCAUUAUGUGUCAGGAUCGUAAGCGGACCGUGACAUGCUCUCCUUGCAAUCACCGGGUCUUAUGCGACACGUGUGUCAGUAAAUCAACGGAUUGUCCCAUGUGUCAUGUACAACGGACCAAUUACCGCUUGUAAUGGUGGAAACAUAUAGGAUUUUCAAAUUGUUUUAGUAUCUCGGAGUGCUAUUGACACUAUUGUUAGACAAGUUUUUAUUAUUGUAUCUAGAGGUCUACCCUACGUUUGAAAAUUUGGGAUAUGCUACGUCUUUCCUGUGCAUGAAUUUGGCUGUCUUUUUGGCACAGCUUAUGAUAGAAAGGUUGUUUAGAUAUUAUUUGUUCACAAGACUCCUCACCUUUUUGUGUUUAUUUCACAUUCUUGAAUAAAAACGUAAUUUUUUCAAUAUUACACAAGCAAAAAAAAAAACAUAAAAGAUAUUGCACUCUAAAUCAUGUAAAAUUAUAGUUAAAAAAUUACAAUAAGCAAUAGUGAGGACGUUUAUUUUAUUAAGAGUGGAAGGCGAGAGCUUUAUAAAAUUUGUAUAUAUACGUUAUUGGUUUGUGUUAUUGUAAAAAGCAAUUACUGUGUCUGUGAUUUAGUAAUGAUCAACUCAUGAACAUUUUUUAAGAGUAUUUUUGUCUAUGGACAUGAAUGUAUUUGAAUUAUGUUUAUUUUAUUUCUUAGUUUGGUUUCAAUUUACCUGGAGAUCAGUAUAGUGCUAUAAGAUUAACAAGGAUUUUUUCAUUCAUUCCAAAUAAACUUUUGUCCAUUUUUGUAAUACUUACACUGUAUAUUUUCAUGAUGGUGAAAAUGCAAUGCAAAUUUGUAAUCUCAUUUCUUUUUUCAUCAUGUAAUAACAUUAGGGAUCUGCUGUUAAAAGUAUAUUCUGCUAAAAGAGAUUGCUGACUACUGGGUGUGUACUAAGAUAUAAGAAGACUUUAGUAGUUCAGUUGCAUUAAUGCAGCAACAGAACCAUAAUUUUGAUUUCAUGAUUUAACCUCACAGGUUUGUAAAGCCCAUACAGUCGCUGAAAUCUUGAUAAUUUAAUUUAUUGUCUAAUGAAGUAUGUAUUAUAAAUCAUAAUUUUCCUAGCCAUUGUUAAAAAUAAACAUGAACAUCACAUCAUUA